GUAAAUGACUGUAUCGUGUAAUCUGAUGAUUAAAUCAGAGAUGGAUGACUUGUUCUGUCUCGGCAACUAGUUUUUGGAUCUCAUAUGAUAACAAAAUGCAGUUUAUUUCCAAUCCCGGGUCUUCAGCACAAACAUUACAGCUAUGCACGGAACGAAAUAAGAUCAACUCGCUUUAGCGAAUUUUGUUUUACCGAAGUUCUACUGAAGAAAAUACUUUACCAAAUAAAAGUAGAUUGGUGGUGCGAUGAUAUUACUAUAUUUGGAGGUAUAUUAGUCAGGUAUACUGCUGCUUCUGGGAAAACAGCGCUCCUAGAACAGUUCAUAUAUGGAAACCACAUCAUUUCAACUCCAAUGUUUUCUACAAUUGAGGAUACUUAUGUUGCAUAUGUGGACACAGAACGAGGACGAGAGAAGGUGCGAUUCUAUGACACAGCAGGCUGUGACCCCCAGAAACCUGACCUUCCCAGACACUACUUCUCCUGCAUUGAUGGUGUCAUAUUGUUGUAUGAUGUCACAAACUGGGACUCCUUUGCUGCAAUAGAUAAAUUGAAAAAAGAUAUUGACAAAAAUAAAGAAAAACGUGAUCUAGUCAUUAUAGCCCUUGGGAACAAAUGUGACUUGAAGGAGAGCAGACAAGUAGACUUUGCAACUGCUCAGACUUGGGCACAGAAAGAGAAAGUGAAACUAUGGGAGAUCUCGUGUGCUAAAAGGCAGUCUAUGAUGGAUGCCUUUGUGUGGCUCACCACCAAAAUGAACCAGCCUCCAGCAAAGUCGACCAUGAGUUUUAACCCAUUGAGCAGGAAACAAAAGUCUGCACCCCCGACCCAACCAGACUAGAGACAGUUGUAUACUUGGAGUGGAUAUUCUGCUUUGUUGCAUUCUGGGAGUGCAUGUACUACUCUGAUAUUCUAAAAAUUGAUGAGAUUAAAUUGGGAAUAUGAGUAUUGGUGACCAUCUCAGACCAUGGUGCUUCUUGGGAUUAUUAACCAAUGGGUGAUUAUAUUAGUAGACUUAUUUAAUGACCCAUGGGCUCCAAUGAUGAUGACACAAACAUGUACAUGUAUUAUGACAUCAUAUCCAUGUAGCAUUUAUAGAGAAUGCACAAAAUUAGAUGAACCUAAAUGGAAAUUAUCAAGUAUUUAUUGGAAAAUGCAUGUAUUGUAUCGGACAUGUUUGCUUUGUUGUAAUGAGCUCUUAUCUGUUCCAUUUCAAUAAAUCUUUAUGACUAAAAGGGAG